UUCCGCUCCCGGGGCUAGAGUUCGCGGCCUGAGACUCUCACUGGAGAGGCUCAGCCCUUUAGCAGACAGGAGGACAAAAAUGACCAAAUUCAAGGAGGCGGUGACCUUCAGGGACGUGGCCGUGGUCUUCACGGAGGAGGAGCUGGGGCUGCUGGACCCCACCCAGAGGCAGCUGUACCGGGACGUGAUGCUGGAGAACUUCCGGAACCUGCUGUCCGUGGAAGACAAAUACCUAAAUGACAUGGGGACCCUUCAGCAAGUACAAUCAAGGGUAUACCUGCCACCCAGGGAGCUUUUCUGCUCACAGAUCUGGCAACAGGUCAUAAAGGAGCUAACCAGACAUGAAGAUUACAUCAUAGAUGUUCAAAGAAUUGACUCUCCGUUGGAAAAGCAAGGUGCUACUCGAUGUAAAGAUGAAGAGUUUAGUAAAAGCUUGAAUCAGAGUUUCUGUGUUCAAGUUGGCCACAAAGUUCACACAGGAAGAAAACCUUGUAAAGAGAAAGAGUAUACAAUAGAUAGAAAUCAGGGCUCUGAUCUUCCAAUUCACCAGACGACCCAUGCAGGAGAGAAGCUCUACAAAUGUGGAACGUGUGAGAACACCUUCUGUCGACUCUCAGGUCUUCAGGCCCAUCAGGGAAUCCACAGAAGAGAGAAAUCGCAUGGGUAUGACGUAUCACAUCAGGAUUCCAGUCAGAGGUCACGUCACCACCAGAGAGUUCCCACUGGAGAGACUCCACACAGACUUGAGAGUGGGAGAGCCAGUGGGAGAAGCUCACACUGUCAAGCUCCUUUGAUAGUCCACACGGCAGAGGAGCCCUAUAAGUGUGAGGAAUGUGGACUGGGCUUCAGGCAGAGCUCACGCCUUUGGUCCCAUCAGAGAAGCCACACAGGAAAGAAACCUUACAGAUGUGAAGAGUGUGGCAAGGGCUUCAGCUGGCGUUCACGGUUGCAGGCUCAUCAGAGAAUCCACACUGGAGAGAAGCCAUACAAAUGUGAUGCCUGUGGCAAGGGCUUUAGUUACAGCUCACACCUGAACAUUCACUGUAGAAUCCACACAGGAGAGAAGCCCUAUAAGUGUGAGGCGUGUGGGAAAGGUUUCAGCGUGGGGUCACACCUUCAAGCCCAUCAGCUAAGCCACACUGGAGAGAAACCUUACAAAUGUGAGCAGUGUGGGAAGGGCUUCUGUAGGGCCUCAAAUCUCCUGGACCAUCAGAGAGGCCACUCUGGAGAGAAACCCUAUCAGUGUGAUGCAUGUGGGAAAGGCUUUAGUCGGAGCUCAGAUUUUAACAUUCAUUUUAGAGUCCACACAGGAGAGAAGCCCUACAAAUGUGAGGAGUGUGGGAAGGGCUUCAGUCAGGCGUCCAAUCUUCUGGCCCAUCAAAGAGGUCACACUGGCGAGAAACCAUACAAAUGUGAUACCUGUGGGAAGGGCUUCAGUCGGAGUUCAGACCUUAACGUUCACUGUCGAAUACAUACUGGAGAGAAACCCUAUAAAUGUGAAAAAUGUGGUAAGGCUUUCAGUCAGUUCUCGAGUCUGCAAGUGCAUCAGAGAGUUCACACCGGCGAGAAACCUUACCAGUGUGCCGAGUGUGGGAAGGGUUUCAGCGUGGGUUCUCAGCUCCAAGCCCAUCAGAGGUGCCACACUGGAGAGAAACCCUACCAAUGUGAAGAGUGUGGGAAGGGCUUCUGUCGGGCCUCGAAUUUUCUGGCUCAUCGAGGCGUUCACACAGGAGAGAAACCGUAUCGAUGCGACGUGUGUGGUAAGCGCUUCCGACAGAGAUCAUACCUUCAAGCUCACCAGAGGGUCCACACUGGAGAGAAACCCUACAAAUGUGAGGAGUGUGGCAAGGUCUUCAGUUGGAGCUCGUACCUCCAAGCCCAUCAGAGAGUUCACAUGGGAGACAAGCCGUACAGAUGUGAGCAGUGUGGGAAGGGCUUCAGCUGGAGCUCCAGUCUUAUCAUUCAUCAGCGAGUCCAUGCUGAUGACGAGGGUGACACACACUUUCCUUCACCGGAGAAUUUGUAAGGGAAAGAAGUUCACUCUAAUCAUCAUCAUCAUCAUUAUUAAUUACUAUUAUUUGCUUCCAGGGUUAUUGCUGGGGCUCGCUGCCUGCAGUACAAAUUCAGUGCUCCUGGAGGCCAUAUUUUCCAUUUUUG